CGCGUCCUGUACAGCAGGUCUUAUCUUUGUGGCUGAUGUCUCUCAUAUCUUACAACGGAUGAAAGAGGGCAAAAUUAAUCCACGCAUCAACCAAUGUGGCGUCGCUCAUGAUCAUAGUUUCCACGUGAGGUAUACAACCCCGACUUGCUAGUAUUAUUAUUGUUAGGGAAAGCUGUACCAGAAUUCGAAUUUCCCGUUCCUGUCGGUCAUAUGAUUGACUAUACCGUUGAAGACAAUACUGGAUUUUCCAGUGACACUGCCAUCACAAGCUAUAGGCUCGCGAGUUUGAUCGCGUGUUUGCGAGCAGAAGCGUGUAUUGCGCCGGUGGUUUUCGAACUAUUAGGAAUGCAGGUCUAGCUUUUAGGGCAUGGCGUCCGAUGGCACCAGUGCAGCGCCACAGGCACCCGGAGAAAAGCCGUCUGACAAAGACAAGAAGCCGGAGGCACAGCAAAAAGGCCCGUCAGACGUUGCGUCACAAUCGAAACAAACCCGCCAACGAUCUUCCGCCAGCAAAGAAAAGGGACAGGACGAUGUCCUGUCGACGACAACUGCCUGGGGCAAUGUCCAGGAACACUCUACUGUUCAGGCGACAGUUAUGGCAGCCAGCGGGAGCACGCUGUGGACAUUCUUGGCAGUGCUUGGCAAGACUCAGCAGAAGGGAGUGCAUACCGCCAAGUUACUAUUCUUCGUAUCAGUUGGCAUUUUCGUCGGCGUCCUCACAUGCAUGGCAGGAGUGCAACGUCCGCGCAGUCCUCCAAGAACAACGUUGACCCUACUUCUACGCAGUGCCAUGGGCGCUGCAGCCUUAUUCGCGCGGUUCCUCUCCCUUCGGCAGCUGUCACUCGUCGACUCUGCGGUCCUAACCUCUACAGCUCCGGCAUUGUCUUUGUUACCGGAACUCCUGCUGGCACUCAUAGGACGCAAGCGAAGUUCGUUUGUAGCACUGGCACCUCCUGCAUUAUUCAUGACGUCGGCGCUGCUCCUAGUCCUACUGCCCUCAGGAGCACCUGAAGACCCCCUUGAAGAUGAAGACAAGGCAAAGUCCGAUAUCUUGUCAACAAGAAGUGGUGCAUUAUGGGCCUUGGCAUGUGCACUUCUACAGGCUGCUCAGCAGCACUUGAGUGAUAUCACACUCGGUAUUCCGCAGGCUGUGGUGCUACUGCACACUUCAUUCGCUCUUUUCCUGGGUUCGGCCAUUCUGAGUGCCUGCUUUCUGGACGAGCCGGAGCAGCUGUUCACGCAGGGAGACAUGGGCGCCAUGGCCGUUGUCAGCCAGAUCAGCUUCGCCUACGUGUACUUCGUCAGUAAAGCACGUGAGUUGGACGAAGGCGCCCUGGUGAACAUGUACAAGUACUCCUUCGACGUAGUGUGUGCAUGCGCCCUGGCGCCCUUAUCUCUGCACGAGCUUCCCGUACUGCGAAGCUACGCUGCCGCCGUCCUCGUCAUCUUCGCAGUUAUCCUCGCAGAGUUACACCACCUUGUUGCAACUAUGCCAGCUUUCCGCAAAAAGCUGCGUUACUUCAUGUGACCAUUAGAGAGCUCGUCGAAGCACGCCGGCUGUCAAAAUGCUUGUCAAGUUGAACAGCAUCGUGUGAUUGUUUCGUGUUACUUCGUGAUGCCCUGUAAGAGCGUCAACGUUUUGUUGCAUGUUUUGAUGCACGUUUGCGCCUCGUGCUACGACAUCUGACGUAGCUCAUUUAGAGAGAUCAGUGAGGUUUUAUAACUUUGUUUUGAUUUGUAGCUUUGUGUUGUAAUUUUCUUUAACCUGUCCGCGUAACCCACAUCCAGAAACACGAAUUUUCCAAUGUGGAAGAAAACUGGCAGAAAGUGGACGGCAAUUACAGUUACAAUUACGAGCUCGAUUGUAAAUAAUUCCGAUGAAAUUUGCCGUUAUUCUGCUGACCUUUGAAGACAGUCUACAAGACUUGACCAGGUAGCAAGUUCGGCCUCAAGAGCAGUCGGAUGAUAUGGUAGGGACGAGAGUACCAUAUUAACUUACUCUUCGAACCUGCCGCCCACAGUCUCCCAUUUGAUCAACUUUACAGUCGCUGGCAUCCGAUAUACGGUGGUUUAUCCGUGACGGCAUCACUGGCCAGAAGAGCGCAAUGCAAGGACGCCAGGCAACGUUUCCCCGCAACUCUGUCAGCAAACGCUUCGGACAUCAUGGACGCUCGGAUGCUAAUGAAGGGGGGCAGCGCUGAACGACUUGCUUUACUUUGGAAAGAGGGUGUGGUGAUGGCGAAGGGCUACAGAAUGUUUUGUGUGCAAUGGGGGGCGUGCAUGGUGGCAAUGUCUGGAGACCAUGCACUGUCACGGGAAACCGUCUCUGACUUGUGUUUUUGUUGUGAAAACUGCCGCAUGUUGAUGAAGGGGUAUCUGUCCCGGAAGGAGUGGAGCCAUGAAAACACCAAUGGACAUCGCCCAUGCGAAACAGAUCACCCUGGAGAAGCGGUGCACCAUGCUCAAGGACAAGCCACGAAAGUAGUAGCAACUUAAAACGCUUAUAAUUUCAGAACUUUGCAAGGUAUCGCAAUGAGUGAGGUGGCGAUUGUAUAGAUAACAGGUAAAGGUUUCAUGAGAUA